AUGAAUUGUCCCUGCCCAGCCGAAGACGUCUCCUAUCGUUCAUCUGAGGUAACUUCAAGAGGCAGAAAGAAGAAACAAGGCACACUCGUGGGAUACAAGCCUGCUGGACCUGAUAAUCGAGCUUUUACACUUAUUGCGAAGAAUCUACAACAACCUGAAAAUCGUACAGAAACUGUGGAUACACUGGAUGUAUUCAAAGAAAAGCGCGAUUCCGACAUUGCGAUUCGAAAGAGUAAAAUGGUGAGCAAUGUAUUUUCUAUCAAAUUAAUUAUCUGA